UUGGAGGCGCUAUAAACCACUAGCCGUACAUACACAAGUUCCCAGGCGGUGUGUUUGUCUUCCAGUGUUUGUCUCUGCCCUUCGAGCAAUGGCCCUGCUGACGUCCAGCAAGAUUUUGACUAGUAUCGGUGCUCAGGCCCCUGCUUUAGGCGCUCUGCAGCUCCGGGCAAGUUCAUGGUGGUCUGAGGUACAGAUGGGACCCCCUGAUCCCAUUCUGGGGGUCACAGAAGCUUUUAAACGUGACACCAACCCCAAGAAGAUGAACCUUGGAGUAGGAGCUUAUCGAGAUGAUCAGGGCAAGCCUUUUGUCCUCAACUGUGUCCGCAAGGCUGAGGCCCAGAUUGCUGCUAAGAAGUUGGAUAAAGAGUACCUUCCCAUCGGAGGUUUGGCAGAGUUUUCAAAGGCCUGCGCUCAGCUGGCUCUUGGAUCGAAUAGCGAGGUCUUAAAGAGUGGAAGAAGCAUUACUGUCCAGACUAUCUCAGGAACUGGAUCCCUGCGUGUUGGGGCGAACUUUGUGUCUCGAUUCCACAAUGUGGCCCGGGAUGUGUACCUGCCUAAACCCUCCUGGGGAAACCACACACCCAUCUUCAGAGAUGCAGGCAUGCAGCUAAAGGCUUACACCUAUUAUGACCCUAAAACCUGUGGCUUUGACUCCAAGGGAGCCCUGGAUGAUAUUUCAAAAAUCCCUGAGAAGAGUGUGAUCGUCCUGCACGCAUGUGCUCAUAAUCCCACAGGAGUGGACCCGAAGCCUGAGCAGUGGAAAGAGAUGGCUGAUCUAAUCAAGAAAAGAAAUCUGCUGGUAUUUUUUGACAUGGCCUACCAGGGAUUUGCCAGCGGAGACAUUGAUCGUGAUGCCUGGGCUGUGCGUUAUUUUAUCGAGCAAGGACAUAACAUUAUUCUCUCUCAGUCUUUUGCUAAGAACAUGGGCCUGUAUGGCGAGCGAGUAGGGGGGUUCACAGUGGUCUGUAAGGAUGCCGAAGAGGCCAAGCGCGUGGAAUCCCAGCUGAAGAUUCUCAUACGGCCCAUCUACUCCAACCCACCCAUGAACGGAGCUCGCAUUGCCUCCACCAUUCUCAACACACCUGAGCUGUACAAAGAGUGGCUUGAGGAGGUAAAGGGUAUGGCAAACCGCAUCAUCAGGAUGAGGGAGAUGCUUGUGUCAAACCUGAAGAAGGAGGGAUCCACUCAAAACUGGCAGCAUGUCACCGAUCAGAUUGGAAUGUUCUGCUUCACGGGACUAAAACCAGAGCAGGUGGAGCGUCUCAAUAAAGAAUUUUCAAUUUACAUGACGAAAGAUGGCCGGAUCUCCGUGGCUGGUGUGACUUCUGGAAACGUGGAAUAUCUUGCGAAUGCCAUCCACGCUGUCACUAAGUAAUGCUAGCACCCUAGACUGUAGAUGCAGAAGGCACGGGGUUAAUUAGAAUUGCGUAACCGACAAGUAAUUUACAUGAUUUAAAGUCCUCUGCUGCCGAAACAUUAGGACCAGGAGUGAAAUAAGGUUCGUGUAGACUUUCAAUUCACUUGAUUUGGCAUUAGUAAUGUUGAUUAAUGAUAGGAAAGUUGAGCCCCUUGAUAAACUAAAGCAAGAUUCAGACUUUCAAAAACUUUAAAGGGCAUCACUUACCAAGAAGUUAAAACCAAAAAGUGCGUUUUAUAUGCUGAUAUCUCUUAUAAUGGUAUCUAUCAUUAAUUUUUUGCACUUAAAGACUAAACCCAAAUUCAAUUAAUAUUUAUGUAUACAAAGCACUUAUUCCACAAUGGGCUGAUGCAAGUUGCUAUUUGGGAUCACUAAUAAUGACAGAUUUAUGACAGUGUGUGCUUUAGAUGUGAAUUCUUGUCUAAUUGAUUGUGAAGUCAUUUUACAUUUUGUCUGUCUAGUAUCUCCCAUUGUCAAACAUAAAAAAUGGCAAUACACACUAGUGUUCUGCUCUAAUUUUUAUCCUGGCUCUUGAAAUGAAAGCUGAUUUAGAUCUUUUCAAUGCACAUUUGUAUCCACUGUAUGAUUCGUUUUAGAAUGAAAACACCCUUCAACACAAACUUAAACUGACAUUUCAGUGACGGAUCAAUGCUUUAUGAAAAGCGUUGCAUGUUUAGUCUUGUGGGUGAUUAUGCAUCCAGUAAAUCCAUUCUCCUUUUUAACUGGCUUGCUUUAAGGGACAGUUUACCCCAAAAUGUAAUCACCCUCAUGUUGUUACAAGCCUGCAUAAAUGUCUUCUUGAUAAACACAAGGGAAGAUAUUUCGAGGAAUGUUUGCAGCCAAACCGAUCAGAAGCCAUAUUGACUUCCAUAGUAGGAUAAAGAAUGCUAUGGAUGUCAAUGAUGACAACAUUUUUAUUUUUGGAUGAACUAUUUCUUGAAGUUUGUCAUCAACUGAUUAUUGGGCACUAGAUAUUGAUUUCACUGAAAAUAAAGGAGUGGUGUACGAACAAAUGAUUCUUCCAGUUCAGUGUUUGCUGUAUCGAGUCCUAUUAAGGCUAAAUGCACGAUUUGUGAAAAAUAUUUAUAUAGAUAUUUGUUUUUGAAAAACUGAAUAUAUUUGGAUUACUGAUUGUUAAAAUCUAAAGCAAAAUAUAAACUGUUUAUCAGAUUUUCUUCAGAACAGAUGUCAUCGGCGUAAAACGAUUUGAUGUGAAAAGAGCUAUGAGUCUUGCAACUGAAACAAUAAAUAAACAAACAAAGGUGUAAAAUAAA